AUGGCGCACACUGUCGAGUCGCCGGUCGGCGCUCGCGCAUCGCACCAUUUUUCGCCACGAGAAUCGCCGCGAAAGCAGCUUCACUGCGCUGCGGCGGAAGGCCCUGGCGGACAGCGCGCCGAGCCUUACGGUCCUCACCCUUCGCCGCGCUCGUCCGGCGGAACCGCCGCGGUUCACGGCGCACCGAAGAGCCGAUCCGACCCUGACUUCGCCGCUGUUGACACGCGCCCCGUGCUCCACGCGCCGCAGAGGCAGCUCUCAAGCGACCUGGGGGCGAGAGGGCCGGCGAGGACGCUGAGCGGUCAGAUCCGGCGCGCGCCAGAUGAUGAUGAUGACGUGGGCAAGCCGUUCGUGACGCGCAAUCACCACGCGUCGCCCGUUGAUCACAGCCGUCAGCGUUGCGACGGGCGCGGCCCCGCUGUGUCGGGUGGGAGCUACGAUGACUUCCCAGCGUGCUCAACCGUGGGAAGGGGAGAAAGGGCGGAAAGAGUGGAAAGGGGACGACGGAGAGCUGCGGCGCAAGCCUGCUCCCCGUUCGACCCCUCCUCGUCCCCCACAUCCCCUUCCGCCGCCUCCCCCCGCUUCCCCUGCUCCAUCCCCUCGCCUCGGCACAACCCGGUGACAUCGCCUGCUGCCUAUCAGCAAUCACCACGUCAGCUACCAGCAUCAAGCUCUGUGGGCUGCGAUUCGCCUGGGCAGCGUGCUAGAGGGCAGAGGAGAAGCGGCGACGGCCGAGUCAGGCGCAGCCAGCAGCUCAGUCCCUUCGACUCGUGGGACGACAGCGAGCCGAUCUACGACGAUGGCGACCCAAUGCUGCAAAGUUCACCUUCCCCUCGGUCACAGAGGGGUUUCUCCAGCCGCCAGCAUGCAGCGUUCCAGUCAGACUCGGAGGAGGAAGAGGACUGCCGUGACGCUAACGGCGAUGAAACUCGCCGUCCCCUGUCUCGGUGGCGCUCUCACUCUCUCGCGGAAGAUCCAAUUGAGGAGAAUACAGCUGCGCGCCGCGUGCACACUCUAGACCGCCGCCCUGCGCCGUCGCAGUCGCUCCCUGACUGCCGCCUCCCCCGGCGCUCAUGUGACGAGCGCAGCAUGCGACACACAUGCAGGGGUUCGCAUGGCGGUGCGUGCGUGGACGUGCAGAGAGCAGGGGAGGUGGGAGAGAAUGCAGGGUGGGUGGAUAAGGACUCCUUGGAGGGUGAAGGGGAGGACGUGGAGGCAGUGAGAGAGAGGCAGAGGAAUGUGGAGGAGGCUGGUAUGGAGCGGAGAGGGAAUGAGAGGCAUGGCCCAACACUGAAGAAAAUGCAGGGUGGGCUGGACCUGUACCAAUCCCGAGAGGCACUUAGACCGAAGCCGCCGUCCCCCGACUCCCCCCUCCGCCUGCGCCCCGGGUCAGGCUCGCUGGAAUCCCCCGCUAGCGCGCCCUCACCCUCGGGCCCUUCCGCUGCGCCUCGGGAAUUCCGCGACCCGAGCGACGCGUAUCCAGCCGUUCAUUCUCGGUCUACGAGCGAUGGCCUCGACCAGUCGGAGUUACGUCGCGCAUCGCGCCGCAACCCGCGUGUUUUUAACAGCGCCUCGACGCUGCCGGCCGAGCGUCAUCAGCAGGCGUCUCGCCGGUUAACUAUGCCGCCGAGCUGGCCUGCUGCUAUUGGUCGAGCAGCAGCGCCUGCACGCGGCGGGGGCAGCGCUGACGUGGCGUCCGCAGGCGCGUUGCGCCACGCGUUCGGGAGCGUGACUAAGCUGGACGCCCUCCCGGAAGCCGGGAAUCGCCGAGAGGCAUCAAGAGCGACUGACUCUGGCGCGGAAACGCGCACUUAUGUGCGGAGAGCUCAGAGCGGAGGAGUGACGGAAAGGGCGGCGGAGGAAGCGCGGGUUUACGCGGAAGCUGUUGCGCCCAUCGGCGCAGGAUGCAGGGAAGCAGCCGCUAGGCAGGCCGUGGGGCGGGGGUUCCCCGCACGUAGGAUAGGUCCCGGUGCAGCUGGGGAGGCUAUUUGGACUGCGCCUGGUGCGCCUGGGAUAGGCAGGGGAGAGGGUGCGCGGAAUGGAGCUGCGAGUGGGGAACGCGCGGGGAACGGAAGCAGCGCUGGGGAAGGGGAUUGGCGGAGAGGUUUGAGCGGAAGUGGGGGAUACGUGAGCGGGACAGGGAGUUUCCAGGAGAGGCGGAACGGGCUAAGCGCGCCGAGGGUUAUGGGACCCGUCGUCGUGUGGUGCGAGACAAUGGGGGUGAAAUGGGAGAAACCGUGGGCAUGGGGAUCGUGGGGGGGGGCAGCAACGGUUAUGGGGAGGGGGAGGGUAUUUUUGUAUAGGGGCAUGGGGGGAGGUAGCUGGAAGGAGCAAGCAGUGCGGCGAAAUGGAAUGAGCGGUGGUCUGGGCGGCAUAGGUGGUGUGGCUGGCGUGGGUCGCAUGGGCGGCAUGGCCAGCAUGGGCGGCAGUCAGAGGGAAAGGCUAACUGAUGGGCAGGUGGGGGAAUGGUUGGAACAGGCACACGAGCCAGUAACGCAGCAGACUGUAACGAGGAUGAGUCAAUCGAAUCCCUCCGGGCGGCAACAGGAGAGACCCCUCUUCGAUCCCCACGGCAGGCCUCAGCUCGCCUCUCAGCAGCGCUGCUCACUUCAGAGAUUGGACCCAUUGCUGGUGCCAGCUCAGCGUGUCAGCCUUCCAGGUCAGCAGCGCUGUAUGCCAGGUCAGCAGCGCAGUAUGCCAGGUCAGCAGAGCAGUAUGCCAGCUCAGCAGAGUGCAGCUGUGGCUCGUAACCUGCAGCACAGAGCCUCGUGCCCUCCUCACAGCCUUGAGGGUGCCGCUAUCAUCUUCCAACACAAUCAGCAGCACAGCCAGCCAAGAGGUCCCGCCUCCCACCCUCUCAAUGCUGCUGCCACUCCUGCUUCGAUCUCUGUUGCUGCAGCACUGGGCCCACACACUAGCUGCGCCCACACCGCCCCGUUAGCAUCAAGCCGUGAGCAGCGUUGGCAGGGGGAGGGAGCGGCAAGCACAGGCCGUGGCAGCAGUAAGUCCGCCUCGUUCCCCCUCAAUGCUGCUGCUGGCAGCGCUGCGAGUACUGGAGGGGCGGCAAGCUCUGGUGGUGGCGGGAGCAGUAAGUCCGCCUUAUUCCCCCUCAAUGCUGCUGCUUCUGCCAUGGCUACACCUACUGGAGGAGCGGCAAGCACAGGCCGUGGCAGCAGCAAGUCCGCCUCUUUCCCUCUGAACGCUGCUGCUGCUGCCACUCCAUCGACUGGCGUGCCGGCAGGCGCUGGUACGUGCGGGGGCAGCAAGGCCGCCUCGUUGCCCCUCAAUGCUGCUGCUGCCACCGCUGCACCUGCUGGCGGGGCGGCAGGCAUCUGCAUUGGUGGGCGCGGGGGCAGCAGCGAGUGCGCGUCUCUGCACCGCCGCGUGCACACCUUCCCCCUCCCCACCGCCUCUCCUCUCACCCGCAUCUCUCCUCCUCGUCCCGCUCCUCCUCCUCCUCCUGCUGCUGCUCCUGCUGGUGUGGCUUCUGCUGCUGCUGGUCCCACUGUGGUGUCACUGCCUACUCGUACGGCUGGCGCUGCUGCUGCGGCCUGUGCUGCGGGCAGCAGGAGUAGCGCCAGCAUGCACCGUUGCGAGCAUGCAUGCGAGCAUGGGCGUGGUGGCGUUGGUGGUGCUGGCAGCAUGAGGGAACGGGUGAGCACAUGGGGAGCAGGGAGCACGUUAGGAGCACUGAGUCGGGCCCCAGCCAGAUGGCACUCGUGGGGGGGUGCCACGGCUGGUGCUCUCGCCACUGCACCCAGCAGCACCAGCCGUGCGCCCAGCAGCAAGCCCAGGCCAGCACACCAUCUCUCCCACCCAACCUCCUCUUCCUCCGCUGCCUCCCACAUCCCAUCCCACACCAAGCCUCAGACGCAGGCUCGGGCCGCACCAGCAGUCCAGCUCCGGUCCCUUGCCGAGCCACCACCACACCACCUGACCAACGCACAGCGGCUCUAUGAGUCUCUGCCCUUACAGCAGCGACAGUUACGUGUUCAGUCUAUCACUCCCCUCCGCCUCACACCGCUUUCCCUGCACGAAACCUCCUCCUCCUCCUCGCCCCGUCUCACCGCCUCUCAGCAUUCCCCAGCCUCCUUGCCCGCAGCUCCUUCCCCCCGGUUCCCUCCCUCCCAACACUCACCCAACUCAUCCUCAUCCUUCUCCUCCCCCCGCUCGCUCCCCCCACACCCCUCCCCUCGUUUUCUCGCCCCGCAAACCUCCCCUCGCUCUCUGCCCCCACAGCCCUCCCCCCGCUCCCUCACCCGCGGACCCACCUUCCCCGCCCCCAUGCCGGCCCCCACGGCUCGCUUCGUGCCCGCCCAUGGAUCCUCUCUGCACCGUGACUCGCUCCUCCACGCCGCUGCCGCUGCUGCCCUCUCCGUGCCUGCCCCUGCUGCCCCUGCUGCUGCUACUUGUGCUCGCGCUGCUGCUCGCAGCACUGUUCACAUACAAGCUCACUCUCGUGCACAAACCAACACACAAUCCCUUGCCUCCAAUGCACAGCGCACUCCACAGCGCAAUGCACAAUCAGAUACUCCCAACGCGCUAUCUCAAGCACGUGCCCAUGCACACAUGCCUGUCAGCAUGGCGCAUGCUACACGCGCAAGGCCUGUGCCACCCAGAACGCAUGUGCAAACAACAGACGCCGUACCACCGCCUGUCGGUCAUGCAAGCCGCAAUAUGGCAAUCCCCAGCUGUGCUCCUUGUAAUAUGAAUGUUAAUGGCCAACCAAUGGUGCGCAGUGGUGACUCAGCAGUAGGUGCAAGGGCGAAUGGAAAGCUUGCUGCAGGAAGGGGGAGAGGUGUGGGGGGGAUUGCGGGGGGAGGUAUGCAAGGAAGUGCAGGGGGAGGUUCGGUGGGGUUUGCAAGGGGAGGUGUGGGGGGAGGUGUGGGGAGAGGUAUGAGGGGAGGUGUGGGGAGAGGUGUAGGGAGAGGUGUGGGGAGAGGUGUGGGGGAUGGAGGAGCACGUUACAGAGCUCCAGAAGGAGGGGCGGGGAGCAGAGCAGGUUGUAUGGGGAGGGAUGUGAUGCACAGUCAGGGCGGGGGGACCAGUGGGGGGAGUGUCACUGGGGAUGGCACGAUGCGGGGAGAGAGAGGGGCGCAUGGGGGAGUGCAGGAGGUAGAGAGGGGAGAGGAGGAGGAGAGGGAGGAGGAGGAGGAAGGGGAGGGCGAGGAGGAAGAGGAGGUGGUUGUGAGAAGGCUAGUUCACCUGGACAGUGUGUCCCUUUGCAAGAGGAGGACGGGGGGGGAGACGCAGGGGAGGCAGGAGAAAGAGGAGGAGGAAGAUGAGGAGGAAGAGGAGGAGGAGGAGGAGGAGGAGGAGGAGGAGGAAGAAGAGGAUGACACGGGGAGUGUGGUGGUUCGGAUUUUCCCCCAUUCGGAUAGCAUUUCUGUGCAGAAGUGUCAGCGGAUAAGGGAUGAUGAAGAAUGGGAGGAGGAAGAUGAUGAGGAGGGGGAGGAGAGAGAGGAGGGAGAGGUGCGUGUGUUUCCACACGCCAAUAGCGUUGCUGUCCACAAAUUCAGGCAGAUAUGGGAGGGGGAAGGGGAAGAGGAGUCAGAGGAAGAGAAAGAGGAGGUGAAAGAGGAGAAACAGGAGGAGGAAUCAGGGGAAGAUAGGGCUGAGGAGACAGAGGAAGAAGGAGAGGUGCGCGUGUUUCCACAUGCCAAUAGUGUUGCUGUGCAGAAGUACAGGCAGAUAUGGGGGGAGGAAGGGGAGGAAGAGGGGGAAGUGGAGGAGAAAGAGGAGGAAGACUUGGGAGAGGAAGAAGCAGAGGUGCGUGUGUUUCCGCAUGCCAAUAGCGUUGCUGUGCACAAAUUCAGGCAGAUAUGGGAGGAGGAGGAGGGGAAAGUGAAGGAGGAAGAGGAUGAGACAGAGGAGAAAGAGGAGGAGGAGGAAUCGGAAGAAGAAAGGGCCGAGGAGGCAGAAGAGGAAGCAGAGGUGCGUGUGUUCCCACAUGCCAAUAGUGUUGCUGUGCACAGAUACAGACAGAUCUGGGAGGAGGAGGACCAGGAUGGGGAAGCGGAGGAGACAGAGGAGAAGUAUGAGGAGAAGGAGGAAGAGGGGGAGGUGCGUGUGUUCCCACAUGCCAAUAGUGUUGCUGUGCACAGGUAUAGGCAGAUAUGGGAGGAGGAUGAGGAGGAGGAAGAGGUGGAGAAUGAAGAAGAGGAAGAAGAGGGUGCAGAGGACACGCCAAAGGUUCGCGUGUUUCCCCAUUCAAACAGCCUAGCUAUUGCGAGGCAGCGGAAUGGGCUGGGGGAUAGAGGGAGAGAGGAGGUGGAGGAAGGGGAUGAAGAGAAGGAAGAGGAGGAAGAAGAGGACGAGGAGGACGAGGAGGAGGACGUGGGGACACCGGAAGAAGCAAGGGUUCGUGUGUUCCCACAUUCAAACAGUCUAUCUGUUGCGAGGCAGACGAAUACAGAUAGAGAUGGGGUAGAUGAAGUGGAGGAAGCGGAGGACGAGGAAGACGACGAGGAGGAGGAAGAGGAAGAUGAAGAGGAUGCCAAUGUGCGUGUCUUCCCCCAUGCCAACAGUGUAGCUGUGCGCAAGUACAAGGAGAUAUGGGAGAGUUGA